UGAUGAUCUUGAUCCGCAUCCACUCCCCCGUCUCCCGUUCCCCGCAGCUCAGUCAGUCACCCAGUCGCCCCAUACCUUGAUCGGAUUCGCCUCCAUGGCCAAGCUCGCCGUCCUCCUCCUCCUUGCCGUGGCGGCCUCCGCCACCACGCUGGCGCGCCCCCUCGAGACCCCGACUCGGAUCAAGCUGAUCCGAGGCGCGGACGCCGGCGGCGUGUCCGGCGACAGCAUGGAGUGCGUGUACACGGUGUUCAUCAGGACGGGGUCGAUCUGGAAGGCGGGGACGGAAUCGAACAUCACGCUGGAGCUGGCGGCGGCGGACGGCAACGGCGUGGGGAUCUCGGACCUGCCCUCCUGGGGCGGGCUCAUGGGGCCGGGCCACUCCUACUUCGAGCGCGGCAACCUGGACAUCUUCAGCGGCCGCGGGCCCUGCAUGGCCAAGACGCCGUGCUGGAUGCGGGUGGCCUCCGACGGCACGGGGCCGCACCACGGCUGGUACUGCAACUACGUCGAGGUCACCGUCACGGGCCCGCACAAGGGGUGCGCGCAGCAGCUGUUCACCGUCGAGCAGUGGCUCGCCACUGACGCCCCGCCGUACAAGCUCGAGGCCGUCGUCGACACCUGCCCCGCCGCCGCCGCCGCAGGCGCCGCCGUCGCGUGAGCCCGUCCGACCGGCCGAGGAGGGAGCGUUCGGUGACGCGUCGUAAUAAGCUGCGUGGGGCCGUGUCACCUCGUGAUUAACUGCGCCACGACACGAGGUGCUUUGCUGGGGUCGUGCAGCGAGUCGAAUAAUCGGGAGCCGUCUCGCGAGGGACGGAUCGAUGUGUAGUGAUGACUAGUGAGUAGGCUUGAUGGUUUUGUUGAUACCUUUUGUGGUAAAGCGGAUCUUGAUCCGUGUUUUGAUCUUUGAGGAAUGGUGAUCCGCGUUUUCGUGCGUGUUUCCUGCA